GACUCUGCCCCGGAAGUGCUAUGGGUAGGGUAGCGGAGCGCCGAGGGCGCAGGCGCAGGCCAGCAUGAUGGUCGCGGUCGGCUCGUUGGUUGGCCGGCUGGGCAUGCGGCAGUGGGGUGUCGGGCCGUCGGCCCUCACCCGAGGCCCGCUGACCGCCUGCCGGAGAUGGGCGGGCGCAUCAGCAGACACCGUGUACGAUGUGGUGGUGUCGGGCGGAGGCCUGGUGGGCGCUGCCAUGGCUUGUGCCUUGGGACAUGAUAUUCACUUUCAUGACAAGAAAAUCUUGUUGCUAGAAGCAGGUCCAAAGAAGGUACUGGAGAAAUUGUCAGAAACUUACAGCAACAGAGUCAGCUCCAUUUCCCCUGGUUCAGCAACUCUCCUCAGUAGUUUUGGUGCGUGGGACCACAUCUGCAACAUGAGAUGCAGAGCCUUCAGGCGAAUGCAGGUGUGGGAUUCCUGUUCAGAGGCCUUGAUAAUGUUUGAUAAGGAUAAGUUAGAUGACAUGGGCUAUAUAGUGGAAAAUGAUGUCAUCAUGCAUGCUCUUACUAAGCAGCUGGAGGCCGUAUCUGAUCGAGUGACAGUUCUCUACAGGAGCAAAGCUGUUGGCUAUACCUGGCCUGGUCCAUUUUCCAUGGCAGACUCCAGCCCCUGGGUCCACAUUACCCUAGGUGAUGGCAGCACCCUCCAGACCAAACUGUUGAUUGGUGCUGAUGGGCACAACUCAGGAGUACGGCAAGCUGCUGGGAUCCAGAAUGUUAGUUGGAACUAUGACCAGUCUGCUGUAGUGGCUACUCUGCAUUUAUCAGAGCCCACAGAAAACAAUGUAGCCUGGCAGAGAUUCCUUCCCUCUGGGCCUAUUGCUCUGCUCCCGCUCUCAGAUACCUCAAGUUCCUUGGUUUGGUCCACAUCACAUGACCAUGCGGCAGAACUGGUCAGCAUGGAUGAGGAAGAGUUCGUAGAUUCCAUUAACUCUGCCUUUUGGAGUGAUGCAAACCACACAGACUUCAUCGACUCAGCUAGCACCAUGUUGCACUAUGUUGUCGCCCUUCUGAAGCCCACAAAGGUCUCAGCUCGCCAGCUACCCCCAAGUAUUGCCAGGGUGGAUGCCAAGAGCAGAGCACGCUUUCCUCUGGGGCUAGGACAUGCUGUUGAGUACGUCCGUCCUCGAGUAGCACUUAUUGGGGAUGCAGCCCACAGAGUCCAUCCACUAGCGGGACAAGGUGUCAACAUGGGCUUUGGGGAUAUCUCCAGCUUGGUCCAUCAUCUCAGUACUGCAGCCUUCAAUGGGAAGGACUUAGGCUCCAUGAGCCACCUCACAGGUUAUGAAACAGACAGACAGCGUCAUAAUACUGCUCUUCUGGUUGCUACUGACAUACUGAAAAGGCUCUAUUCGACCAGUGCCAUGCCACCGGUGCUACUCAGGACGUGGGGAUUGCAGGCCACUAAUGCAGUGUCUCCUCUCAAGGCACUCCGGAAAGUAUGUCCUUCAAUCCCUGAAAGGAACCACAACACAAAAAGGCAAAUAUGUGCGAGAAGAAGGAAGGUAAGCAAGACAAUGCUGAAAGGAAUAACCAACAGACUGCGGUUUAUAAUCUUAAUCUGUGAUAUGAAUUCUGAACUGAGGGUUCAUAGGCUUUGUAGUAGUGGUAAACCCUCUGAAACUAGAGGCAAAUUUUCAUGCACAUGCACCUGUGGCAGAGGGUCCAUUGUUUUCAUCUCAUCUCGAAAGUAAAGUAAGUUCCUUGCU